UAACUUACUGAAUACUAGGGACCCAGUGCCUAGAGACUAGAGAACAAGUAGCUAUACAGAAUUUUUACACAAAACACACAAAACAAAACAUAUUAAAAAUCGUGGGCGUGGCUGUGUUUUACCUGAUUCAUCAAUAAUUGAAGGUCCCCAGUAUGUAAACUUAACAGCGUGUCUAAGUUAGUUCCAUCCAUGGCGAAGGCCUUGUCCCUCAAUUUAGUGUAGCCAGGGUGCAUGGAUUGGUGAUGAUGAUGGUGAGGCAGGAAUGGAUCAUACUACUCUCAAGGGCAUAUAAAAGAUAAAAGAAGGGCGUAUAAAAGAAGAGAGGGCCACUACGUAGCGAGCAGAGUGCAGCAAGUUUAAACGUCGAAGUGGGUGGGCGGUAACUGUAGGAUUUACUUUUGUGGCGUUUUGCGAAGUGGUAACUACACCUACUACAAUGGCGAAUGCUACAAAUGUUGAUUCUAAAGCUACUCUGUGCUGAGACUCUGUGCUGAUGCUGACCCUACUGCCACUCCUGAAGUCUGUGCUGAUGCUGACCCUCAAGUUGGUAAGUUGGCCUAGAAAAUAUGCUGGCCACUAGAUCUAGCUAGCUAUAGGUUCAAUCAGACAGUAAAAAGCUGUGCGCAAAGUACUGAUCCAUGUAGUACUGAUCCAUGUAGGUAGAGUGUAGCCGUCACCACAAUAUACAUGUGUUGACAUGCCUGGCAUUUACAUACGACAUAGAAAUCGAGGAGUCUACAUCGUGGGAAGAGCUGGACAAUCAUAUUUCGGUCAGUUUAUUGCAUGUCCGUUGAUUGUCCACGAAUCAAUGGGCCUCGUCUUUGUGUUGUCUUUGAGUCAGAUGCUCGUUUAUAGUCUUUUACAAUACAAUUAGCUCCAUUGUCUGGCUUUGUCAAAGAACGAUUCAACCGCCACAUGUUUCCGCCACAUGUUACCGAUGGCACGUUCCCUGUAAUUACGUACUGCAAUUACGUACUGCUUAUGACUGCCUAGUUGCUGCAUGAUAUAAAACAGCUAGACCACAGUGGGGACGAAAGAGGGCACGUACCGUCCAGCUAGCCAGAAAGUGAGGGUGAAGAAAAUCAUAGAUGAGAGAAAAAUUACGAACUUGUGUCUGAGAAGUGCGUGUCUGGAAUGGUUCAAAAUCAGCAAAGUGAGCAAAUCCUGGGAACGACAAUGUUUUGGACGUAUCUGAGAGAUUGGCAAGAUUCAGGUGGCUAUGUGGCUACUUACUAUCUGGCUACUUACUAUCCAUAUAUACAGCAGCAACGAACAUGGAACAAGAUAACAAUAAGUAUUAUAUACCUCGCAGUGUAUUCAUUCCAGCCGCAUAUGAAGCCACCCCUGUGUCCGAACACUCAAACUGUACACCAUGAUUAAAAAGUCUGAUCCAGGUAUGUGUACCACUGUAAGGAAGUAACUUGUUUAAACUUGUCUACAAGUGAAUGAAACUCAUUUGGAGCAGCUUGGGCAUGCGAUGACCCAUGAUGACGUGUAUAUACACAGACAUCAUAAUUAUGUUCUCAAAACCGUGUGGUCUCGCGGUGGUCUCGUGGAGAGACCACAUUACACCAGUGACGUCACAUUUUCACAUGGAAUCCAUCAGUUUCAUGUGUGUGGUUUCAAUACUACCACGGAAAGCAUACAGGUUUGCUAGUGUCCCGUUACCCAUUAUAAUAAGGUAGUUUCAAUUGAUUGUGUGCGUGUGUUUCAGCCAACUUUGUAAUCUGUCCAAGUCAAUAUAAAUAAUUAUACCCAUGUAUGAAGAGGUUUUCUUUGGGACUCCUUCUCUACUUGUUCCAGCACAAACUGUGUCACACUUGACUCUUUCAUCUUACUUGAUGCAUACUUGAUGCAACUCCUUCCUUCCUUCUUCUUUGCUUUUGCUUUGGUUGCUACAACUUUGCAAGGUUGCUUGGGCCUGGCUCUUACAUCUAGGUUUAUGUGUACACGCUGGCUUGGGCCUAUACCUGUAUAAUUUCUAGUAUAAUUUUCUUGCAGAAGUAUUCUUGGUCUUCUGUGGUGCGCACGUGAUUCGUGAUUCGUUUUAUACGCAGAUAACCUUGUUCAUAUUCCCUCACUUUUCGAAAGAAUUUCCGCAUCAAAUCGGCGGGCACCGAUUCUAAGGCAGUUUCUUUCAGCGAGUAUUUGAAGCGAGUAUAGUGCAGUUAACCAUCAAUGUCCAAAACUGUGUAGCAAAAAGUACUGGUUAUAUCUGUCUGAUAUUAUGUUAGUAUGUGUACUUUUGCAUAACAAUACACUAAAAAAAAUUUUAGUUCAUAGAAGUGAAGCAUUGUUGAGAUAUUAACUUGGCCACAAAAAUAUACAAAAUUAUGUGGCCAGUGAUGUCAUCGAUGACGCGUUUUUUGAUGUUACCGUGGAAACGCAUUUUAUGUUUUUCUGUUGUGAUCUCUAACUGUGUCUGUAGAGGCUCUAGCAGUGAUUGUAGAAGCUAAAUAUGCCAAAGAAAAGCAAGAGAAGAUUACAAGCAAGUGCAGCUCGAGCUGUAGGAGUUCAAAAACAGAGAAGAUUAUCCGCAAUUGGUGGUGCUACCUUAACUCUCUCGCAGUCGCAGUCGCAGUCACAAGCAGAUGAAACUGUGCCUACACCUCCCAGUCUUCCCCCUGUUUCUCCCCUAACACCAGUUUCUGAAGAAUCUGGAGAUGAUACAGAGCCUGAUGAUACAGAGCCUGAAUCUAGUGACAACGAAGAGCCAGAUGUGCGAUCGCAGGAGGAGAUUCUAGAAGAUUUUUGUCUUGAAUGGAUGGUGACGCUUGACAACGAUGAAAAAAGUCUCUGGCUGUUCUUCUGUGCCAUUUUUCUGCCAAACAUCAUGGCAUGAAAGCGACAGAAUCUGCUCAGCUUGCUGCUAGUUUUGUUGGAAAAAAUGAUAAGACUGUUAGGCGAUGGAGGACUGGUGUAUUACGUAACAAAGGAGUUUUACCUCAAAGUAAACAGGGAAGAUACGAAAGGAAGGGUGUACUUUGGCACAAUGAGAAUCUAAACAAGAUGGCAACACAAUAUGUACGCAAUAAUUCUUCCAUUAAAGGUAAACCGAAUAUGAGGCUUCCCUCGAAAAGUUGGGGUAAGUACCUGCCGAAAAUGGUUGUUGACACUUGGUUUUGAAUUGAUUACGCCACGAAAGGGAGUUUUUAUCGAUGGUCACGAAAGGGUAGAUGUCGUCAAAGCCCGCACCGAGUACUUUAGAAGAAUGGUCAAGUUGGGGUAUGUUAGCUUGACCAAUGGACCCACACCUGACGCAAUUAAAGCAAUCCCUGUAGAUAUUGAAUCUCCAACAGAAGAUCGUCGAUCUAAAACUGUGUUCAUUUUUCAUGACGAAACUACAUUUCACUCAAACGAUGACCAAAUAUUGAAAUGGGGUCUAAAGGGCGAGAAAAUAAUGAAAAGUAAGAGUAAAGGUGCUGGCAUAAUGCUAUCAGAUUUUAUUGACAAUCACAACGGGUUUUUGGCACUAACAGACGAAGAAUAUGAUCAAGCAAAACAGUCUAAUCCUGAUGUAAAGAAAUAUGCAAGAGACUUUUUAGAAUACGGAGAAAAUAAGGAAGGGUACUGGAACUUAAAAAGAUUUGUGGCACAUAUGCACCGAGCUAUUAAAAUAGCAGAGAUAAAGUACCCCAAAGAUCAAGGAUGGAGGCUUUGUUGGAUCUUCGACAACAGUAGCUGCCACAACGCCAUGGCUGACGAUGCGUUACACGUUAAUCGUAUGACUGUAUUUCCCGGUGGUAAGCAGAGGAUCUUAAGAGAUACAAGCUACAAUGGCAAAGAACAAAGAAUGUACACUGUAGUAAAUGGUCAGAAAGUUGCCAAAGGAUUGAAGCGUGUUCUGGAAGAGAGAGGUAUUUCAACUGACGGUCGAAAUAAAGAGUGGAUGCAGUCUGUUCCUGUUCUGUCUCAACACAUCGAUUUCAAAUUCGAGAAGUGUGAGAUCGAAAAAACGUUGAUACACAAAGGCCAUAUACCCACAUUCCUGCCAAAGUUUCACCCAGAAUUAAAUCCUAUUGAACGUGUAUGGGCACAGAUGAAGCGAUAUACAAGAGCACACUGUAAUUAUUCCAUUCAAUCUUUACGAGUAAACAUACCUAAUUCAUACGAAUCGAUCACGAACGAAAACAUUCAAAACCAUUGUAGGAAAGUUAGACACUACAUGUUUGGCUAUCUAGAAGGACUUGUGCCUGGAAAGGAGCUGGAUGAGAAACUUAAAAAGUAUAAAACUGCGGUGAAGUCACACAGGCGUAUUGGAAUACACGAGUGACGACGACAAUUUGUCCUAACUUAGUUUAUUGUACUGUUUUGUGCACUGUUUCAUAAUACUAACAUGAUUGCAUUAAUUUUUAUAAAGUUGAAACAAUUCCUGCAACGGUGCCAUAAUAAAAUGUGACAGGCUCUGGGAAAACAGACCAAUUGGCGCAAGCUAUAAUUUUUGCGAUCUAUAUACCAGAUGAUAGAGCAAAGAAUUGCCUACGUAUUGAUGUGCUUAGUUUGCACAUAUCUUGUUCCAUGCCUGAGUUAUGCGCGUUGGAAACUCGAAGUUGUAAAACAGCAGUAUUGAGAAACGCCCACUCAAAGAUUGCUAAAUUGGGAAAAGUAAGGUAAUGGUGGCUGCUUAGACAAAGCGCUUUGGUGAAAAGAGUUGGAUUCAGAGCAUCAGAUUUUGCAGAGAGGUAGUAUAAAGACUGUAGAUAACUAUAAUCCAAGAAAAAAAAUUAUGAGAUUAUACACUGUAGUCUAUAAAUCUGGCUAUUGCUCAAUACCAAUAUCUGCUCCAAUUGGUCAGUUUUCCCAG